AUGAUGCGCCAGUCUCUCAACCAGCGUCGCGACUAUACAUCGGGAUACCCUCCGCCCCUCUAUGCAGGGCCCGGGGGUGGUAACCCUUCGCCUCUCGGCGGACCGUUGCAUAACGGCCAGAUGGGCGGCAUGCAGCAACAACAGCAGCAGCAGCAGCAAGGAGGACAGCAGCAACAGAUGGGCAUGCAGCAGCAAAUGGGCGGGAACGGUGGCCCUCCUACUGCUUCCGAUGGCCAGUCCAACUCGGCAGGCGCUGCACCCGAGAUGAACCUCGCCAACGUCCUGCAUUACCUUCAAAGCGAAUGGCGGCGGUGGGAGCGCGACCGUAACGAGUGGGAGAUUGAGCGCGCCGAGAUGAGGGCGCGCAUUGCACUGCUCGAGGGGCAGCGUCGGUCGGCCGAGAACCUCAAGGUCGACUUGCUGCGUCGUGUCAAGAUGCUCGAGUUUGCGCUUCGCCAGGAGAGGACAAAGUCGUCCUCUGCAGGAGUAGGCCGUUCAGCUUCGACGUCGGCUAUCGCUGUUCCUCCUUCGCGUCUCGCGACCCUCAAGGAUGAGGAGAAGUCGGGGCACGACACGGAUAAGGAGGGCAGUGGCAGCAGCGAAGGUGGGGACGACAUUGCAGACCGGGCGUCAAAGCCCAAUGGUACCCACGCUGUUACCAAGACAUCCUCAAUCGCGCACCGCCCAGCCCCCGACACGACAGCAUGGAAGCACCUGAGCGGCCUGCCUCGUGAUCCAAAGGCUCGUGCUCGUAGCCGCGAGUACCUCAAGCAAUGUCUGCAGGAAAUCACGUACCUUACUUCCCCCGGUGCCCUCAAUCCACUGCCCCCUCGAGCCCCCGUUUCUGUCGACGACGCGUCCUCCAACGGUGGUGACCCACAGCCAUCCUCUGAUCGUCCCCUCAAGUCCCUUCCCGAGCAGGCCGUCCCUUCUUUGAAAGAACAGGAGGCCGCCAAGGAAGCGGCGGCUGCGGCCCCUGCUGCCAGCACCCAACCUACCAACGACCCCCCACAACCUUCGCAAACGAGCAGCGUUGUUAGCAGUUUUCCUAACGGAGAAGACCUGACUGCUGCUGCUCCCAUUGAAGCUCCUACUCCCGCUACCCCAGCAGCACCUGUGCCAGCGGACGCCCCACCCUCCUCUCCAGCACAGCGUACUGUUGACUUGCCCGAAGGUGCCGACAGCGCCGACAGUGCCGAUGCAGUUGAGGCUGCGCAGGACUUGGACGGCGCUGCUCCGCGCCAGCCCUUGACAGCAGUCUACCGACCAGAGAGCAAGGCAGCAUGGCGUGAAGAGUUGAGGGCAGCCCACGAGGCAGCAGUCAAUGUCCCAUGGCCUCCUCGCGGCGCUGGUGGUGACGAGGAGCAACUUGCCGGCUUGACACUCGUGGAGGAUGAUAUGAAGCAGGAGGAAGCGGACGGAUCGUCUGACCGUGUAUGGACCACGCGCCGCACCCUCAAGAGUCACCUCGACAUUGUCCGCGGGGUGGCAGUGUCCAGCGCCCCCGAGCUCAUGCUCGCCUCCGCCGGCGACGACUGUACCGUCAAGGUGUGGGCACUCGACACUCCCGCUGUCUUGUCUUCUAAGCCACAUGCCUCCACUGAGCUCGAGCCCGUGGCGACUUUCCGCGGGCACACUGCAGCUGUAACCGCGGUGACCAUCUCGGCCCCGCUAGGUGUUGUCUUCUCGGCAUCCAUGGACUCGACCAUUCGACUCUGGCGCGUACCCGCUCGCGACCAGGACCCAUACGCCCCCUUUGACCCCACCAGUGCCAUCCAGACCCUCGAGGGCCAUACCGACGUCGUGUGGGACCUUGUCCUGUUGCCCACGCGCCCGGCAUCGAACAACAGCCCGAAGCGCGCCAACGCCGUAGAGUCACAGCUUGUCUCUGUUUCCGCGGACGGUACUGCCAAGGUCUGGGAAGACCGUGACGGCCGCUGGUCGCUGCAAGCAAGCUUCUCGGACUUUGGCGACGGUGUCGUCCCCACCUGUCUUUCGGUCGACAACCACGACUUUGGCCGUGUCCUCAUCGGCCUCUCCAACGGCCUCGUCAAGGCCUUCUCCGUCGCUGCCGGCUCUGAAGUCCAGUCGUACGGCCAGGUCGGUGCGCAGGUCAACGCGGUCCUCUCGCACCCUACUCUGCCCCUCAUCGUCACUGGUGACGAGGAGGGCAAGCUGCGCUUCUUUGACACCUCGAACCCUGCGGCCACCACUCCGCCCCUCCUCGCCCACCCGGCACCGAUCACAAGCCUCGCCCUGUCCCCCCUGUCGCCCAUGUGCAUCCUGAGCGCUAGCGUCGACUGCUCCGUGCGUCUCUGGGACCUCCAGCGCAAGACAUCCCUCCAGGACCUGUCUGGCCACCGCAAGCGGUCCGACGAGGGCGUCACUUGCGUGGCAUCGCACCCAGAACUGCCCAUCGUAGCCAGCGCCGGCGCCGACGGUGUCGUCAGGAUUUGGGGUGCGGGAUAG